AAUCUCUGUCAAAGACAAUCAGAAUAUCUCGAAUGUUGAUCAGUUUACUGUUGUUUUACCCUAUGCUGACUAAGCUGCUUCACUCUUGCAACAAACAGCAAAAUGAGGGUGGAAGCGUGCCAUUUCUGCAGUCGCCCGACUUAUCCCUCCAAGGGAAUCACCUAUGUGAGAAACGAUUCAAAAUCAUUCCGAUUCUGCCGCUCAAAAUGUCACAAGAACUUCAAGAUGAAGCGCCAGCCCCGCAAGCUCAAGUGGACCAAGACUCAUCGCAUGCAAGCCGGCAAGGAAAUGCUGGUCGACAGCACCGCACAAUUCGCCGCCCGCCGGAACGUCCCUGAGAAAUACAACCGCGACCUCAUGGGACACACAAUCGAAGCGAUGGAGCGCAUUGGCGAGAUCAGAGAGCGCCGUGAGCGUGCCUUCUACAAGAAGCGUCUGGCCGGCAAGGAGGAGCGUGAGCUGGAGGAGGACCGGAAGCUGGUUGCGGAGAAUGAGCACCUGCUGCCCCGUCACUUGCGGAGUGGUGAGCAGCACGAGACCGAGGCGGGAGAGUCGGUUGCUCCGCAAACGACCCAAAAGAGCAAGGUGUUUGGAGGCGAGAGACGCAGACUUAAGGCUCGGGUUGAUGGCGGAGUGGAAAUGGACAAUGACAAUGACAUGGAUAUGGAUUAGCUUAUAUUCGGAUGAUGAUUUUUGGAUUAUUUAGCGAUAGACAAUUAUUACAUGGCAUUUACUCAGUCUACAGCUGAUAUUGAUAGUAAAUACUACCUAAUACCUAGGUAUACUUCUUCAUGGCAUA